AUGAGGAAGAAGGGAAGAAAGGGGGGACGGAUUGAGCCAGACUUCAGUGGACCGUACACCAUUGAGGCAAUUAAUGGCAAACUUGCCACACUGGCCAAUUUGAAAGGUGUCACUUUAAACUCCAAAUACAGUUUAGAUCACCUCAAGCCUUAUAAACAAAGAAGGCCAAAAUCAGACUACUCUACCAACAAAAGCCCACAGAAGGAGGUGGCACCCGAAACGAGGCCUGUCAGGCCUUCGGUUAUAGUUUAUGCACCUCCAUGCCAGCAUCCACAAGAUGCAGGCAUUGACAUGAAAAAAGCCAGCAUAGAAGAGCGAGCAAAAGUUACGAGAGGUAUACAGCCAACGGAUGAAAUAAGCACAGGUAAAUUAAACAUCAAGUCAAUGCCCCUGAUGCAUAAAUUAAAUCAACAUAAAGCUCCAGCAAUUCUAUCACGCCGCAACGGACACAAAAUAACUAAUCACGGGGAUGAUGAUAAAAGCUCAUCAGAGGCGUACAAACGCUACCAUACACAGAGCUAA